AUGUUUUAUAUUAGCCAUUACGACAUUAUUCAACAUAUACCUACAACAUUUUAUAGAUCAUCUAUCCAGCCUUUCCUUUUUACUCUCUUUACAUUCAUUGAUCGAUUUUCUGAUUUUUCCUUUCUUUGUUCUAAUUCAUUCUAUCAUUCUUUCUUUCUUUUUCUUUCUUAUUUUUUCUUCUUUCUUUCCUUCCUUCAUUUACCUCAUACAGCUAUAUUCUUUAUGAUGUUUUUCGAAAAUUCUUUUUUUCCCAAUUUCAUUCUUUCUUUUACUCUCGUAUUUUUCUUUCUUUCAAAUUUUAUUCUUUCUUUUACUCUCGCAUUUUUAUUACCUUUUAUAUUUUCAGAUUUAUUUUCUUUCUUUUUAAUUCUUCAUCUAAUUUUUUCUUUCUUUCUCUUUUCUUUCUUUCUUUCUUUUUUAUUUUUAUUUCAUACAUAUUUUCUUUUUGAUUUAUAUCUCUUUCUUUCAAAUUACAUUCUUUCUUUUACUUUCACAUUUUUAUUGACUUUCAUAUUUUUGGAUUUAUUCUCUUUCCUUCUUUUAAUUCUUCAUCUAUUUUCUUCCUUUCUUUUUCUUUAUCUAUCUAUCUAUCUAUCUAUCUAUCUAUCUAUCUAUCUAUCUAUCUAUCUAUCUCGGUGUGUUCAGAUCUAUCCAUCUAUCUCAGUCUGUCCAGAUCUAUCCAUCUAUCUAUCUUGGUCUGUCCAGAUCUAUCCCUUUAUGUCAGUCUGUUCAGAUCUAUACAUCAAUCUAUCUCAGUCUGUCCUAGAUCUAUUCAUCUAUCUAUCUCGGUCUGUCCCGAUCUAUCCAUCGAUCUGUCGGUCUGUUCAGAUCUAUUCAUCUAUCUAUGUUGGUCUGUCCAGAUCUAUUUAUCUAUCUAUCUUGGUCUGUCCAGAUCUAUUUAUCUAUCUAUCUUUGUCUGUUCAGAUUUAUCCAUCUAUCUCUCUCAGUCUAUCCAUCUAUCUUUCUCAGUCUGUUCAGAUCUAUCCAUCUAUCUAUUUCGCUCUUUCCAUCUAUCUAUGUCGAUCUAUCCAGAUCUAUCUAUCUAUCUAUCUAUCUAUCUAUCUAUCUAUCUAUCUAUCUAUCUAUCUCGAUAUCUAUCUAUCUAUCUAUCUAUCUAUCUAUCUAUCUAUCUAUCUAUCUAACUUGGUCUGA